UUGUGUUCACCUCUAAAGUUUAAUUUCUUGUUGUUCUUUCUUUAGUGUCUGGAUUUUGCUGUUGGUUUUAUUCUGCUCUUCUUCUUCUCUAAGCUGCUGUGUCAUCUGCGUGUGUUUCUUUCACCUGUCGCACCUUUUCUUUCUCGUUGUAAGCGUAAAACUGACUGAUUUCCUGUCAAACAGAGAUCGAUCCGAACAUUCUCCCAGUCCUUCGUCGUGUUCGCACGUGAGGCACAUGCACGGGCUCUUGUUCACACACACACACACACACACACACACACAGAGAGAGAGAGAGAACAGUGCCUCUGAGCACAAUUGCAACAUGUGCCGUCAUCCGGCCUCCUUGAUGGUUGUCAUGGAGAUGUCAUUGAUAAGGUGGACAAAAUAAUCUUUCUUCCUUUCUGCGCGCUGACUAAAGAAAGUCCAGUUUGACAGUUAAUGGGCCUGUGCUGAAUCAGACGUCCUUUAAUGAAAAGACAAACGAGACUUCCUGUGGCGCGGGUUGCUAUGCCGCUUCACCUUGUGUGUUCGUGUGUGUCAACCUGUCCUGCCUCUCCGUGAGCCUGCAGAGCUGCUGCUGCUGCUGCGCUGAUGGAUUAACCCUUUCUUAGACCUGCCGGACGACAGACCUCCAUCACUCCAUCACUCCAUCACUCCAUCUCUCUCUCUCCGUCAUCACUCACUUUGUCCGACGAGCAAACCCAGUCUGAGAAGCCCCGGGUGUCGCAGCUCCUGCCUCCUCUGACUUUCUGUCCACAGAGGACGUGGCUCUGCAACAGGAAGGUGGAUGUCUGCAACAGACGACUGAUCGCAACUGACGGCAGAAACCUGUCCCACUGCAUCUCCAAAACCACCAGCUGGGACCAAGAGGGAUGGAGGGCGACGGCUGUAAUCCUGCAGUAGCUAUGGACUCAGGUAACCCCUUGCUAAAGGCCGUCUUCCUCCGCCGCCUGCGACUCACGCGGCUGCUCCUGGAGGGAGGCGCCUACAUCAACGAGAGCGACAGCCAUGGGCGGACUCCCCUGAUGGUGGCCUGCAGGACCCAGCAUAUCGAUGCCCAGAGCGCCAGCCGGGUCAAGCUGGUCCAGUUUCUCCUGGAGAAAGGAGCAGAUCCCAACAUCCAGGACAAGGAAGGUCGCUCUGCACUGAUGCACGCCUGUCGGGAGCAGGCCGGCGCCGAGGUGGUGUCUCUGCUCCUGGCCAGUGGAGCGGACGUUAGCCUGGAGGAUCAGUCUGGGACAUCUGCGUUGGUCCACGCAGUCAUGGCUGGAGACUGGAAGGUUCUGAAGCUGUUGCUCGACACAUGCAAGGCAAAGGGGAAGGAGGUGAUCAUCAUAACGACUGACAAAUUCCCAUGUGGGAAAGUGCAAGCUAAGCAGUACCUCAGCAUGCCUCCUCUUAGCCCCAUUGAUCAGACAGACAAAAUGACAUCAGCAGCUCCUGCAUCUCCCUCUGAAAUUCAGCUCAUCACGUCCCCCCAGUGCACCUCCUCUUCCUUAUGUCCCCCAAAGCCUGUCUUCUCUUUUAAAGAAGCCCAGUCCUGUGGUGUGAGCUCCCAUCCGUGUUCCCCAUUACGGUUUCAAAGACUCGGGCAAGCUGCACCAUACGGACUGCAGCAGCCCCUCCUGAGGUUGAACUCUGAGCCCUGGCUAAAGAUCCCAGACUCUCUGCUCACCCGGCAGCCUCGCGCAGACUCAUCUUCAGAAAACAGCAAACAGAACCAAACAGAGGAGCUCUCUCUCAGAAUUCCCAAACUGGACCCGGACAACAGCGCACAUCCGACAACUGGCAGCUCCAAAUGGUAUGAAGGAAAAUCAGCAAGGGACAAAGGACUAGAAGGAAAGGAAAAGAAUGAAUGUGCCAAAUACACAGGACAAAAGAUGUCCUUACCAGGUCUCCUAUCAUCUCACUCUGCCUCACACCCUAACCUCCAUUCUGUAAACCUUGGAACAGAUUCAGUCGCGUCCUCUUCAUCAUUUGCUGGUGGUAAAAAUCCUGGUGCUCCACUCCACAGCAUGGCCUCGUCAAGCCUUCAUAGCAUAAUCCAGAGGCGCAAGCUUGGGGCGGACAUCUACAGUUCAGACCCCCAGCUAGCUGUAGACAACCACAAUCUCCCUGAUGAGUCCCCACACAAAGCCAGAGACCUGGUAGAUGGCAAGAGAUUGGCCCCCUUACGAUGCUCCAGCACAUUGGGCUCCAGGGAGUCACCUUCAACCUCGGUCCUGAGCAGGAGAGUUCUAUCUGGAUUUGAACGCAGAGGGUCUGGAGCCUUCUUGUUGGACCACAACUCCCAGACCAGGCCUCGAUCUCUCCCACCUCUGACCCUCAACUCCACCAACACCCCCAUCCUUAACGUUUACAACCUCAGCUCCAGUGCUGGAAGUGGACUCUGCGAGAAAGAGCCUGGCCUAAAAAACUUCCUUCCCUGUGCUCCUCCCGGGCAGCCCAAAGAGCUGACCAGGAGGAUGCUUCUGAGGAGACACUCGAUCCAGACAGAACAGUUCAAAACCACAGCUUAAAACUCAGCCACAAGGGAAGAGAAGUUCUUCAGAGUGCUUUAAUGUGAAAUGUUUUGUUAUGUGAUGUUGUGUCUGUGUAGUGGACUUCCAAACCCAACCAAAAAGGGCAUACAAAAGAAAAACAAGAUAUCCUUAUCGGUGUAAGAUACAAACUGCUGGUACCUUCCUCUGCUUUAGUGUGCAGUGUGUCGUCAAAGUGCACGUAGCUUCCUUAAAGCUGCUUAAUCUUUUCAUGGCCACUUGGGGGAAGCAGAGCAAGCGUAAAACACAAUACAUAAUACCACCUUAUGAAGUUAGUUCAGCUAACACG